AAGAGUAUCUAAGGACUUAUUCCAUUUUUCACUCUAAAUUUAUAAAGUUGUUUAUAAAACCUACUUAAGAUUUUUUUUUUUUGGUAACAAAACCUACUCAAGAAUAAAAAAUAGAAUUUCUAAAAAAAAUCUAGUAGUCAUUAUUCUAUUAUUUACAAAAUGGAGUAUUGUUGAAGUAAAUUACACUUAACUCUAUUUUGGAGAUACUCCAUUUGAAGGAUAUGAAAUACUACAUUAAAAAAAGCUCAAAAUAACACAGAUACAAAAAAAUUGUUCAGAUGUGGUCCAAUGCUUCAAGGCCAUGAGUAUACUCCAUUUGAAGGAAAUAUGAAAUACUACAUUAAAAAAAAUCUCAAAAAUAACACAGAUACAAAAACAAUUGUUCAGAUGUGGUCCAAUGCUUCAAGGCCAUGAAGUAUAAUAAUGCUCAAGAAAUCCAAUGAACUGCAAAAGAAAAUCAAAAAUGUUAAGUGAUACUCUGCGAAAGGUUAAAUUAAAAUAAAAUUUAUAUUUUUUUUAAAAAAAGUCCACUAUGUAUAAAUAAAAGAAAAGUAUAUUAACUUAAUUUGGAUGAAAGCAUAUGUAUGUACAAUUAAGUUUGACAAUUAUGUUCCACUAUUGUUUCCCCGUUUCAUAAUGAACUUUCGGUGAUAGUGUAAGUCAUAUGGGUUUGACAAAAAAAAGUGUAAGUCAUAUGUAUAAGAAAAAGGUCGUAAAGUCCAUAUAAAAAAAAUUCAAAUUGUGUGUUGCGUACAUAGAUUUAAAGGAAACAAACAUUAUGUAUUGUAUUAUUGUAUAUCUUUCACGUUCGAGUGUAAAAUGAUUACAUUAAAUAUGUUCACUUUUUCUCUUUUUUUUUUUGCAAAAACGAAAACAAAUAUGAAUUGAUUGUGUCCAUUCACAAAUGGAUUGUAAAAAGAAAAACCAUAACUAUAGAUGACUAUACUACAUAUCAUGACUCUGAAUCAGAAUAGUUUUCAUCAUAAUCGUUUUUAUUUCACAGAACAUUGACAAACAGACCGUACUGUGAUAGCAGAAUUACAAGAAAAGGGGUCAAGUUUCAAACGAAAAGUAUUUGGCUAAUGUCACAUGACAAACGGAUACUCUUUAUUUGAUCUAUGUAUCACCAUUUUUAUCGUCAUUAAGCUAGCUAUUUCCUAUCGACAUGACAACAUGAUCAGUCCUUGUUUUUUUUUAGUCACCACUUAUAUAUUCCUUUCUUUAAGAUCAUAUAUACAUGUUUGAAACAGUAUUCUACAUAAUAAAUAAGAACACACGAGAAAUGGGAUCUCAUAUUUCUGCAUGGGAAAUCAAACAACGCGCACAAUCCGAGUUAAGAUCACAUGAUAACACGUUGCUUCACUAUCUGAUGACCAUAACGUAAAAUUUAUACAUGUGUAGUAUACACACACUUGAUUAAUAUUUUAAGGUAUCACACAUACUAUUUUAUGUAGUUUUAAAGAAAUAGGAGUAAGUUCAGUUCAAAAAAAGAAAAAGAAAAGAAAUAGGAGUAAGUUUCAAAAGAAAAAGAAAGAGUACAUAUUUUAAAAAUCCAAAACUCCAGUCGUGUUAGGGUCUUCUUAUUUUCUCUUUUGACCUUUGCUUCUUACAUGCAUGUCACCUAAAAUCUUCAUACACAAACCAUCAACUCUUAAACCCUCAAUCAAAGUUUUAACCCAACCGAUCUGAUAAUUUCCCGGCCUUUUAGUAUCCUAAGUAAUUUUGGCAUACCAUUUGUUAUUUUUGCGCAUAUGUAUAAAUAUCAUAGAAAGAGAUGUUUUGGUACAUAUAUAGAUAUCAAAACGUAGACUAUCUUUAUGUGAAAAAUUCAUUUUUUUAUCAUAAGUAUUUCAUGCAAAUUAUUUCUCCACAAAUAUUCAAAACGUCGGCACAGAAAUUAAAUGGGUACACGACAUUACGGGCUGGCAACUUACCUUGCACGGUACUUAACACAAACUCAACAAAGAUCCGAUUAUUAUGCUUGCAAAGCUUGUUGCUUAAUUAAUUUUUAUAUAUUAUUUAGUAAAUAAAGUUGUCUCAAUCCUAGUCAGAGAUGGCACCUUCGCAAUCUAUAUAUCAAACUCCCUAGUAUAUAUAAGCCCCUCACUAGUACUCAACAUCACAUCUAUUUGUCUUCUCCAUACCACUCAACAGCUUCACCGAGAGAGAUAUGGUUAUGAAGAAGAUCUUCCUCGCGGUGGUGGCGAUUGGAACCCUCAGCCUCUUCCCUGGAACGGCUGAGGCGGCCGUGAUGGGGCCGUCCAUGCAGAAACUGACGUGGCAUUUUUACAAAGUUUAUAACACUUGCGAGAAUGCUGAGAACUUUGUGAGGCACCAAGUUGAGAUUCUUUACAAGAAUGAUACAACCAUUGCUCCGAAGCUCCUUCGUCUCCUCUACUCAGAUUGCUUUGUCACCGGAUGCGAUGCAUCGGUUCUUCUAGAAGGUCCAAACUCAGAGAGAAAUGCGCCGCAAAACAGAGGACUUGGAGCGUUCGUGAUCAUAGACAAAAUCAAGAAAGUGUUGGAACAAAGAUGUCCUGGUAUUGUCUCUUGUGCUGACAUUCUUAACCUCGCAGCUCGAGACGCUGUUCAUUUGGCAGGUGCACCAUCUUAUCCUGUGUUCACAGGAAGAAGAGAUGGCUUGACGUCUGAUAAGCAAACCGUCGACUUACCAUCACCGUCCAUCUCAUGGGAUGCAUCUAUGGCUUACUUCAAAUCCAGAGGCUUAAAUGUUCUUGACAUGGCUACACUUCUAGGAUCACAUUCAAUGGGGAGAACACAUUGCAGCUACAUCGUUGACCGUCUCUAUAACUUCAACAAGACAGGUAAACCAAGCCCCACUAUGAACAAGACUUUCCUCUCUGAGAUGGCAAAUAAAUGUCCACCAAGAACCAAGAAAGGCCAGACCGAUCCGCUAGUGUACCUAAACCCGGACUCAGGCUCAAACCACAGCUUCACAAGCUCAUUCUACACCAGGGUUCUAGCAAACAAAUCUGUUCUCGAAGUAGAUCAACAGCUGCUUUACAACGAGGACACCAAGCAAAUCUCUGAGGAGUUCUCAGCGAGUUUUGAGGAUUUUCGGAAAUCAUUUGCUCUUUCCAUGAGCAAGAUGGGGUCUAUAAAUGUGUUGACUAAAAACGAAGGCGAGAUACGAAGAGAUUGCAGGCGCAGAAACUAAACACAAAUCCCUCUAUGAUCUUUGUGAUUGCAAGAAAAAUAGUAUAAACAGGUAAAAACAUGAAAGAAAAGAUUGAAAAGUUUAUGUUUCUGAUAUAGAUUUUUGUUGUUAUUUAUUACAUUGUGAUUCUCUAUAUAGCUGAAAGGAGAUAUGAUUCUUGUUGUGCGACUUUCUAAGAAGUAUAAAAUUUUCUGAUAUUCACAUUAAGUAUAAAGGUUUUGCAAUCAAAACUGUUCUUGCAAAAUAAGAUUUUUAUUUGUCUAACCUCUUUUGUUAUGAGUCUUAAGACUCUCAGUUUGUCUAAUACCAAGUGAUUCAAUGUCACAAGCUUCUCUCUCAGUCUCUUGCUAGUUCCUUC